UUUGGCUUUUUCGGUCACGUAAGAUUGCGUUUAGUGGCUCUUCCAUAUCCACUUGCCGUUGUGUUUAUGUGGCUCUCUGUGGAAACGCGCGCCCAAAAGGUAAUUACAGCGUGGCAGUGAACAAAUAGCUAUUUUAUUAAAUGUGAGGUGACUAAUCCAAGAGACGGGACUAAAAUUACCGGAGGACGACAGGCAAUUCUGCCUGUAGUUUUCCCAGAUAACGUCUAAGAAAAACACGUUCAUGGUUGUUCCGGACCCCAUAAAAGAGAAAAUGACCCCAGGACCCCCUGAGAAAAUAAUCCCGUCCGGAUAGGGCUUUGUACUACCGUGGGGGUUGAGUUGAAUCAGUGGUAAUCAGUGCAGAGCUGCUGCUGUUGUUGUUGUUUGCCUGUAAUAAAGUAACUCCACCCAGAUCAUACAGAGCUGCUGCUGCUGCUGUUCUCAUCAGGCGUGAACGUGGGAAGAACUCCAGGUGAGGAUUCAAAACUGCGCCCAAACUGCGCAGACGCACACGGCGCUCGCCUAAGCAAAAAGCUGAUUUUGGCACUGCCAUUCUUGGUGGAGGCGCUGACGUUCCUCAGCGCUCACACAUUCCAAAAUAAUACUCCGCGGAGAAAACAGAGAGACAGCAUGAGAGAGGGGACCAGUCACAGCGCUGCUCUCACAGCCGGACCUCAGCGCGGACCCAGCCCGGUUAACAUGGAUAAAAACACAGAUAAACUGUUAAAAGUUUAUUAAAAGGACUGUUAAAAAGUCUACGCCUGAUUCACAAAUCCAAAUACCUGAUGUGAGAAUGUUUACUUUCCUCAGCCUUGUGUUUGGCUUCCAAGCCACUCUUCUCCUCUUACCGGACAGAAGUGAACAGUCCUGUCUGAUAUCUGCUGACCAGCGUGCAGCUAACUGCCAAGGCUUUCGACUGCAGCGUGUCCCAGUAGAGGACCUGCCUCCCUCUCUGGAGGUGCUAGAUCUUUCCUAUAACAUGCUUCAAAUCAUUCAAAACCCUGACUUUGCUGGACUGCCUCUCCUACGUGUCCUCUCACUUCAAUUCAACAAUAUUUCUCUGAUUGAGGAUGAAGCCUUUCGGGAUAAUCCACUACUGGAGGUUGUGAAUAUCUUCAACAACUCACUGACAACCAUCCCCUCAAAAGCUCUUGCGCCACUCAGCAGGCUACAAAAUUUAGACAUGUCAAAUAAUCUCUACACUGAGGCAACUCUGGAUGAUACGGUUUUGAAUUUCAAGAAUCUCAAAGUACUAUCCAUGGGUGGUCCAUAUGUUAGUAUUCUGAAAACUGGAGAUCUUAAUGCUCUGCAAAAUGUAUCUCUGGAGAAGUUUGCCAUUAAAACUGGCUCCAGUCUGAAUGUUUAUGAACCAGGAUAUCUGAAGAAUAUACAGACAAAAAAUAUGUGGCUGGACGUGGCCAUAGACAACAGAUCAUCUGCACUUCCCUUGAUAUUAAAAGACCUUGCAAACAAAACAUUCAGUGUUCUCCGUUUUCGUAAUCUCUUUGAGUUUAAAUAUUACACUGAUAAAGAGGAUAUUUUCGAUGGCUUGAAGUUUAUUAACUGCCAGCAGCUCAUCUUUUAUCGCGGUAAAUUCAACGAGGAGCUUCUGAGAAUGGCCCUUGUUAAUUUACAAAAAAGUUCAAUUAAAUUUCUUGGAUUAUUGUUUAUUGAUUUUGCCCGGUCACAGACAUUUGUGCACACCGAUCAGGCAUCCAGUGUGACAAAUCUACAGUUGGAAAUGCUAGUUCUCUCGGACAUCAGCAACCCAGACAUUCUCCGAUUUGACUGGCGUUUUACAUGGCUCAACAAGAUCCGCCACCUGCGCGUACACAACGUCAACUUCAACAGUGUGCCAUGUGACGCCUGGGAAGAGAUGAAUGGGGUUGAAAUCUUGGAUGUUUCCAAAAACCAGUUGAAGGACAGAUUUCUCUUCAACCAGCAAUGUGACUACCGGGAAACAAUGCCCUCACUUCACACAUUUAACCUCAGCACUAAUCAGCUGACCAGCCUCAGUUCUUUCGCUUCUCUUGCUGGGGAGUUUAAACACCUGCAAACAAUUGAUAUCAGUUACAAUAAGCUAGGAUCUGAAGGGAACAAUGUGUGCUCAUGGAAGCAGAACAUCACUACUGUCAUUGCUCACCAUAACAUAUUUGUUAUUGACAGCUUCAAGUGUCUCCCUACCACCGUAUUGUACCUUGACCUCUCAUACUGCAAUCUGGACCAGUUAGACAUGCAUUAUUUUGAAAAGGCCGCUGGUCUGAAGGAGAUUUACCUCAGUGGUAACAAAAUCAAAUUUAUUCCCUCUGGUUGGAGAAGCCCUAAUUUGAACUCACUAGCUUUAGAUGGAAACUCAUUUGGGAUCAUCAGUAUGAACUCUUUUAAGGGAAUGCCUAGCUUGGAGCAAUUGAGGGCAGGUAACAACCCGUACCACUGUACCUGUGAUCUCCACACCUUCAUACAAGAGACCACCGUCAAGGGUAAAGUCCAAAUCACAGACUGGCCAGAAAACUACAGGUGUUACUACCCAGCAGACCUGCUUAAUACAAUGGUAUCUAAGUAUUUCCCUGGACAUGUGGCCUGUGAUAUCAGACUCGUUAUCGUUAUCUCUGUGGUCACCACUGCAGUUUUUGUGCUGGCUAUCAUGCUGAUGUGCUAUUUGUUUAAUAUUCCCUGGUAUGCUAAAGCUACGUACCAAAUCAUCAGAGCCAAGUAUAGAGCUCAUAAAGACGGAGCUGGGAUGUCUGCAGAAUACACCUUUCACGCCUUCAUCUCAUAUAGCCACUCAGAUGCUGACUGGGUACGGGACAAGCUGCUGCCCUGUCUGGAAAACUGCAAACCUUCUUAUCGUAUUUGCAUCCACGAAAGAGAUUUCAUGCCUGGAAAAUGGAUCAUAGACAACAUAAUUGAUAACAUUGAAAAUAGUCAUAAGGUUAUCUUUGUGCUGUCACGACACUUUGUCAACAGCGAGUGGUGCAACUACGAACUCUACUUUGCCCAGCAACGAGCUAUUGGCAAGAACUUAAGGGACGUCAUCCUGGUGGUAAAGGAGCCUAUUGAUCCCAAAUCACUGCCCAGCAAGUACUGUAAACUCAAAAAAAUGCUGAAUACAAAGACAUAUCUGGAGUGGCCUGAACAGCCCAAACAGCAAGCGUUCUUUUGGGCGCAGCUGAGGAGUGUCAUGGGAAAACCCAAUCUCCUAAAACAGAACUCUGUCAUUGAGAACAGACGUGUCUCCAAGCUGAGCAGAGCGUCCGUGAUUGAGCUGCCAGAGGAGAACCCGAGGCCUGCAGAUGGUGAACCUAAAAUGGAUCCAGAUCCCGAAGCAGAGGUCAAACCUCAGAUCACAGCAGGGACUGAAGAACUUCCAGAGAGAAAUACAGAGAACUGCAGUCUCAGGAUGCCACUGGAACAGUUAGCCUGAGCCUAAGGGAAUAGAGUUAUAUUUAUUAUACUGAUAAUGUACCACAGUAUAGAGCAAACUCCAGCUCUAAGCAGCAGCUUUGAGUCCAGAGUCUUCUUAAAUGCUGAGAUGAAGCUACAGCUGGGAUGAUGUAUUGACAAGAGUAAGAUCAGACAGUGUUCUACAACAGACCUGUGAGCACAACAGUCAAUGUGAAAGAGAUGAUUAAGAUAAGUCAUAGAGGUGAAGAUAGUGAAGAUAAGGAUUGGCAUUAGACCACGUGUUCAUUCUCAAUUCCAAUAUUCCAACCUUAAGUAUCUACUGAUGCUGGUAUCAGAUGGAUAUCAUACUUUUCCUUAAAUUAAUCUGUUAAAAAUACAUUUGUCUGAAUGCACUUUGGUUAACAUAGCCAUCUAAAUAACAUCCUGCUUAAACUUAGGCCUAGAAUACUGUCAUGUAGGCCUAAACACGUAUAUUUGGGUUCAAGUAUUUACAUGAUAGUGUGGGCCAACAGCAUCCAGCAGUCUAGCCUGUGGACAUAUACUAAAGCUAACCCACAGCACUACUUUUUAAGAGUACGCUAUUAGUCAUUAUUUUGUUUCAGUCUUUCCUUUUACUGGUCAGUUGCGUCAGUAAUGUUACACCAUUGUGUUAUGAAAGUUAGCUAAAAUGACUGGACUAAAGGAUGACAUAAAAAAGGUGUCAAUGAUGGCCUUCUGGACAGCAGUCAGGUCGGCAGUCUUACCCAUGAUUGCGGUUUUGAGUAAUGAACCAGGCUGGGAGUUUUUAAAAGCCUCAGGAAUCUAGUCUAUUAUCCAAGAGACAUCUAUCACAAACUGGGCCAAAUAUGACAGUGUUUCCUGGUUAAUGCAAUGUUCAACUUCACACCCAACAUCAUUAGGUCUUCAGAACAUGUAUGAGCAUCUGGUUAAGGGGAGUUCAAAUAAUCAGCCUAAAUAACCUGCAGUACAAUAUUGCACAUUUUACUCUUUUUCUGUCCUGUUGUAGUUAUAGUGCUAAAAUCAAAUUUAAUGUUUAAAAAAUAAAUAUUAAUUGUUAAAUACUUUUUUGGAAAAAAAGGGCGAACCUUAUGUAUCUUAUAUGGUCCAGUCUCGCUCUAUUUAAAAAUAUUGAGACACCCCCCCCCUGGUUUAGGCUAAUCAAAUUUAUUCAUUUAGUUAUUUUUAUUGGACCAGUACCAAUAUUAAGAAUCGGAUCAGCCCACCCCUAUUACUUCACCACAGUGCCUUAUUUAAUAAAAUUGAUAAUCUCUCUUCUAAUCAAAGCAUUGCUACUUACUUAAAGCGAGGUAAAUGUUUAUUUGGGCUGAAUCAGCCUGUUUGGUGUGGUUAUUGUGGUAUUAGUCAUCUUAAUCAGAUGUUCUGCAGUGUAUUUACAGAAGUCUGCAUUCAAUGUUCACUGCAAACAGGUUUAAUCCAGCAAUUUGUUUCAUGGGACAUUGUUCAGACAGGCUUUGGAUGACACAUAAUCAUCUGGGGCCAGUUGUUCAAAAAAUGUAAUCCGGAUCAAAAUUAUCCAGAUUUGGUAAUCAAAUUUUUUGCUAUCCAGGAUCAGGUGAUCUGUCUUACUUUUAAGCCAGUUUUUCAAAGCAAUAUUGGAUUGGAUCACCUUGAUCCAGAAACACAGUUUUCAGGAUUACCUAAUCCGGAUUACCAGCUAUGUAAAAACAGAUGGAAGAACCAACAGGGGUUGAUGACUCCUUUUCUUGCAGUAACAAGAUACUGCUUAUUGCAAAACAAUACGAGCAAUUGAGCGUUCUGCAGAGAUGCUUUGCAUGACUUAUAAUUAUAAUAUUAUAUAUAAUUAACUAAUUGCGAGUCGAACCACAGGGAGGAUGCAACAUAACACUUGCAUGUAUUGUCCUGCCCAAUGUUGCUACCAGAUGCAAUGUCCCUCUCUGUGAUGUUCAUGAUGCACCUGAGCCUGUUUAAGAACCAGAACAAACUCUGGUGUUCUUUGCAAUUGUUCGAAAUUAUUUUUGACAGCUA